CAUUUGGUACGGAUUUUAAUGAUCUCUCUCAUUCAAGAGCCCUUUUUUAUGCAAACCUCUUUUCGCUACCAAUGGCAUUCUUCGUAAUUAACCUCUAACCUCAGGAUGGGAAAUGCGAACGGCAAAGAAGACGACGCUACCGCCGCCGCCAGCGGUGUUACCUCAUCUUCGGCGAGAUCCAACGGCGGCGAUCCUUCUGCACGCAGUCGUCAUCGUCGUCCUUCUUCAGAUUCUAUGAGCAGUUCUCCUCCCGGAAGUCCCGCUCGAUCUCCAUCUCCUUUCUUAUUCGCUCCUCAGCCCACAUUGUUAUUCCACGUUACAUCUUACAACAUUUGCUCACCUAUGCGUCACCUCUUCCAUUGUUUAGGCAUAACAUGUGUACCUAAUGGCUGCAUUUCGUGUCGGAUGGUUCCCGUGGCUCCUUUGCAGAGAGCAAACGCCCCUCCUUCACCUAAUAACAUCCAAUGGAACCAAUCACAGAGAGUUUUUGAUAAUCCACCAGAGCAAGGAAUCCCUACUAUCAUUACUUGGAACCAAGGAGGUAAUGAUGUGGCGGUGGAAGGAUCAUGGGACAAUUGGAGAUCAAGGAAGAAGCUGCAGAAAUCGGGAAAAGACCACUCAAUUCUCUUUGUCCUUCCAUCUGGCAUAUACCACUACAAGGUGAUUGUCGACGGUGAAUCCAAAUACAUCCCAGAUUUACCCUUUGUAUCAAACGAAAUUGGCAAUGUCUGUAACAUUCUCGAUGUUCAUAACUUUGUGCCAGAAAACCCAGAAAGCAUAGUGGAGUUUGAGGCGCCACCGUCUCCUGAUCAUAGCUACGGUCAAACCCUACCAGCUGCAGAAGAUUACGCAAAAGAGCCACUUGCGGUGCCACCUCAGCUUCAUCUAACACUUCUUGGCACCACGGAAGAAACAGCAGUAGCCACAAAGCCUCAGCAUGUGGUGCUUAACCAUGUGUUCAUAGAGCAAGGAUGGACUCCUCAAUCCAUAGUAGCUUUGGGUUUAACCCACAGGUUCGAGUCUAAGUACAUAACUGUUGUCCUCUACAAACCGCUCACACGGUAACCCUAAAAAUUCAGUGCCACAUUGUUCUUCUUUUUUUUUUGUUUCAUAUCUCAAUUAUGUGAAACCUUUACUUUGUUCAUAGUGAGUGCCCAACAUUGAGUUUAUUAACAUCUUUGUUACCGGGUUUGUGGUGCUUGUGUACAAAGCUUCUCUCAUUGUAACAAAGAAAAAAACUACCAUUUUCGAUUGUACUCUUAUAUAUUUCCUGCAAAAACUGUGAAAUACAUUCUCUAA